AUGUCCACCAUACUAUUCCUUAAAAACAAAACAAUACCGAAAGAUCCAUACAAUGAAUUAUUCACCCAAGAAAACUUUGAUAUAAAUUUCAUACCAUUACUAGAUCAUAAACAUCUUGAACUUUCCACAAUAAUAACUUAUUUAAAAUCACAUGAAUUCUUACAUAAAACAAAUUCAUUAAUCAUAACAUCACAAAGAGCCGUUGAAGUCUUGGAUUUGGCAUUACAACAAAUUGAAUUAGAUAUUAAAUCUAAAAUUUUAAACAAAUUAGCAUAUACUGUGGGUCCUGCUACUGAAUUAAUCUUGGGGAAUUUAGGGUUUACUAAUAUAAAAGGUGGUUCUGAAGCUGGGAAUGGUAAUAUAUUAUCUGAUAUAAUUAUAGAGACGCUAUCAUCAAAUGAAAAGAUUACAUUUUUCACAGGUGAAACAAGAAGAGAUAUAAUCCCCAAGAAAUUAUUAUCAAAAGGGUAUGAUUUAAAAGAAAUUAUCAUAUAUAAAACUAUUGAAAAACCUGAGAUUAUUGAAAGGUUUAUUGAUGUUGUUGAUAAUAAAACUGGGUUGGAGAAAUGGAUUGUGUUUUUUAGUCCUCAGGGUACAAAUGAAAUUAUUAAAUUCUUGAAGAAAACUUUGGAUGAGAGUGAAGAUGAAGAUGUUUUUAAAAUUGCUUCAAUUGGUCCAACUACUGAAACUUAUUUGAUUGAGAAUGGUAUAACACCGGAUUUGGUUUCUUCAAAACCUGAUGCGAAUUCUUUAUUGAAACAUAUUAAAGAAUUUGAUAGUCAUUUAUAG